CCAUUUGCCUUGAAGCGCGGUGCUUGGGAUCGGGAGACGGAGACUGCGCUGGGCCAUGGGGUGCUGGAACAGGCACGUGGGUGAUGCUGUGAGCACAUGAAUAGUGUGAGAGGACUCUUGGCUGCCUCUGUGAUUUCCAUCCAGGACUCCUGCUUUGUCUAUCCUGCCUGUCAAAAAUGCUCUUCUAGGCUGAUUCUGGAUGCUAGAAGGUUUCACUGUCUGAAAUGUGGCUGCACAGGUGAAGCUAAAGAUGCCAGCUACAGAUACAGAUUGUCCCUGAAGAUUGCUGACACUGAUGAUUUGUUUGACAUUACGGUGUUUGGAAGCUGCUUAGAGCCCUUCUUUGGGGUCACCGCAGAGAAGCUGCAGAGGUGUAUUCAAGACUUCAAUCAGCUGUCAGGAGAAACAAACACAGAUGCACCUCCGGGAGUGUUGGUUCAAGCAGUGGAAACCUGUUUCAUUGGGAAGAGAUUUCUAUUUGGAGUGAAGGGCAGUGCAAGGGAAGAUGGAGGGCAUUCUGCUGCCAGCAGCAUCUUGCAGAACUGUUCCAGAAUUAGUAGAAGCACAAAAAACCUUACAGCUUGCCAGCUCUUCCUGCCAGCCGCUGCUGUCGCCGGCCUCACUGUCAUCAGCUGCUUCCACCGGCUCCUGCAGCUGGCCUGCAGCGCUAACCGCAGCUCGGCCUUCCCUGAUGCAUCUUCAGCCCCAACAGAUGAACCUGCCAGUGAGCUCAGCAGCUUGGCUGGCCUGAGCAGCAACUCCUGUCUUGUUCAGUCCAGUGCCAGAGAAAGUUUCCUAGGGCCCUGGCAGCGGUCCUUCAGCCUGACUUCAUCUGUUGCUUGGGUAACAGCAGAAGACUUUCCUGCUCUGGAAGUGGGAAAGCUGGGGAGUGAACAGCAUGAACAAGAGGGGAGGCCUCUCUCUGCAGAAUUGUGCAGUGUAAGCCUCAACAAUCAAACUCUCUUGGAUCCACAGUUGUUCAGCUCUUCUGUGAAGGAAGGGAAUAGAGAAGAGGCUGAUGAAUGGAGUUUGCAGCCUGGUCAGACUGACAGCAUCUCUGCAACUGAUGAAUUAGAGCUGGCAUCCUCCUCCAAGACUGAGUGUUCACUUGGGAACAGGUCUAGGUGGUUACAACACCCCUCACAAUCUGGACUAAGAAGCAUUUACCCAAAGGCUAAUAGCAGGGAUUAUUCUUGCCCAGAGAAAUCCCACAGCUCCCUGUUUGCCGAGAGAGAUUCCUCAGCACCUAACCACACAAAGGUAGCUGGAGCGUCUCGGAUGGACUCUGUGCUUUGGGAUGACCUCCCAUUCUCAGAAAGCCUCAAUGAAUUUUUAGCCAGGAUAGAGGAUGGCAAGAGUGUUGGGAACUCACCCAGCCAGGCCCUUCUUGGAAGCUGUGAGCUGGAUGUAAAUCUUGACAGAUCUCGUUCCAGGCAAACCCCAGUAGCUGGUGAUUUGCCUCAAGCGAGUGUCUCGGGGAGGUUCUUGCCACCAGCAGAGAAUGAUAGCUGGGAAAACAUACUGCUUGCUUGUUGCCAGUCAAAUGGGAAUCCCCUGAGUCAUGAUGUGUCACAGUGUGAGUCUUCAUCUAGUGCUUCAUCUUCCACUGAUAAAGAACAUGGAGAGUCUUCCAUUAUACCUAGCCCUCAUCUGCCUGUUCUGUCACCAUCCUUGGCAGUUAUAUCAAAGCCUUCUGUUUCUGAGAGCAGAUCUGUGCAGUCCAAAGCAGCAAGUAUUGGCAUUUCAAAGUCAGCAUGGCCUUGUAUUAGUCUGCAGUGCACUGCUGAGGAUGGAGAGAGCUCGUGUUUAAAAAGGAGCAAGGCAGCUCCCUCCGUGCUCGCCGCACACGACAGCUGCUUAGCUGGUUGUGCCAACAAAGAGAAUUCUUCCGCACCAGGCCAAAGAGCAGAGCCCACAGUCACAGGGGCGUGGGACUUGGAUCCACACAACAAUACCAGGAGGAUACACAAAAGAAAAUUGAAAGCAUUGACAGAACUGUCAGAAAAUGUCUCCAGGAAUGUUAACAGGAGAGAGAUGCUGUGGAACAGUAUCUUCCCUGAAGGCAGCUACAAUGCUUCUGCUGAGCUCUUUGAUGCAAGUGCCAGAGAGGGAGCAAAACCUGUAGAAUUCUUAAAUAAGUCAUGCACUUCUUUAACAGAAGAAGAGACUUUGACAGAGAAGGUGACACCUCCUGAGCUGGUGCUUUAUCCUGGAGAUGGCCUCUGGAAGAGCUCAAACCUGAGCCCAUCCCUCCACGGGUCUCCUGCUUUCAGUAAGCACAGCACACCAGUAACUUACUCCUUUUGUGAGCCAGAAUGCAGUUCAGUCAGUACUCAAGACCUUGUUCCUUAUUCACAGUCAACUCCUAUGAGAGAACCUCUCCAGAAACCGUGGCCUGUUGCAGAAAGCAGGAGAUCUGUCACCAGCUUCACCCCUAAAAACCCCACUAAGAUCCAUUCCAAAUGCAAGAGAUCCAGGUCUUCCUUUCAGAACACUCUGCUGCAGCAGCUGACCGGCAGGUUAGCGAAACGGGAAAGGCCAAGUAGCAGGGAAGGCAAAGAAAGCUACAGCUCUGCUUCACAGCAGUUCCCUAACAGCCAACCACCUGCUGGCUUUGGGGAGUGGAUCCCUCCACCUGCCAGCAGCAGGUCGAGAACAAGCGCAUCCUCAAACGCCAGGAGAGUCUGCUGGGCUGCUGGCUGGCAGCUGGCCUGUGGGCACAGCAGCAGGAGCCCUAUUUCCGGAAGCAAAGAGAGCAGCGGCGAUGCCGCACGCCGCCAGCCUGAGGGAUUACACCCUGGGGAUGCAGCCGGAGUGCUGGCAACUCCUGAGUCUGCAGGGGUCACCAAGCCCUCAUCUUCAAAUGGUACAGGCCUGGACAUGUGUUCCCCUUCAGAAGGCAGGAGUCUCCUCCCAGAUACAAAUUGUUCAGGGGGUGCAUUGGAAGGGGCCACUGGCUGGUCUCCCGAGCUGUUCUUCUAA